UUUUUUGUUGCCGUGACGACGUGAAAUGCAAUAUGGCGGCACACGGUUGAAAGAUCAAACAUCUCGAUUUUAAGUUACAGUUUAGAUUUGUUGGUGUGAUUCCUAAUUCAAAUAUGGCCAGUCUGAGUCAUGGUCAGCUGCUGGUUCAUGCGGUUCGUGUGCUGGACACAUACAAUAGGGAUAUGCAAUCAGUCGAAGAACAUGUUAACAAAUACCUAAAGCAACAAAAGAUAUAUGAUGAUGGUGACCAAACAUUUAUAGUGGAAGUUUUUUCUAACUGUGUCCGCUACUGGGAUCUCAUGAAAGUGAUUACAGAUGGAUUCUUUGUUAAAGAUGGGAAAAAUAUGCUUCGGUCAGAAGAAAACUUAUACAUAGUGACCAGUUACCUGGUGUUCUUUAGGCUGGACGAGUUGGGUGUUGCACACUUUAGGAAAUUCGUUAGCGCUCAGGAUAUCAACAAGAUGUAUAGAUUUCUAAAUUUUUGCCUGAAUGAGAGGAACUUAAUCACAUGGAUGAAGGAUGGUUGGGAGAAGUUUUAUGAACACACAUUUGUACAGAGGAGUGUCCUAUCUCCAAUACAAAGAUGGAUGCCAGAACUUCAAGAAAUGUUAUCUCACAUGAAGGCCAAAAUAGACAACAAACUGAAACCUCGUCGCAGGACCACACCUAAAACUGAAACCAAGCCCUUUGACAUCACACAGCCCAGACCAAGAAGUAUACCGAUACCAGAACCGAUUCCCAAACUUCAAAAACAUAAGUCACCGCCCCGAUCUUUGUACGACGAUCCUGAAGAGUUUGACAUCCUUAAGAGGAAUAGGGAUGUUAAUAGGAGGAAGGCCGAGGAGAGGCUGAUGGAAGCUUCCAGGAUACAGUUCGCCUGUGCAAAUCCUGAAAAGUCAGACAAGACAAAAGAAAUCUGGAACAACAUCAUCAGUGAAGAGGAUGGUAAACUGGACUUUGAGAGACACAGAGCUAAACCCACUCCAUCUUUCCUGUCGACAGCAUCAGAGCGUGCCACUACCCGCCAUAGGGUUCGAGUGAUUAGUAAAGAAGUUCCAUUUAAGAUGAACACCACUGCUAUACUGAGGGAAGGACACCUGUAUUCACAGAGAGAGGAAAAGGAGGUCAAAAGGUUAGAAAACUUGGAAGCUGGGGCCAAGGAUAAGAGUGAAUUCGAAAAGUGGCAAAACAAAAUGAAAACCCAGGAUCUUGAACAAGAAUUGGCAGCCAUUGAGCGGCGUCGACUGGAAGGUAAACUGAGUCAUGAGGAGGCAAUUUUGGCACGACAGAAUCUCAUCCGGUCUAACAAACAGAAAGUCCUCAACCACAGAGAGCAGACAAAGAAAAUGUUUGAUGAAUUCCUCCAACAGAAGUUUAGGGAGGAAGAGGAAAUGAGAAUAUUGGUGGAGCAAACGAUGCAGGGUCACAAAAAUGCCAAAGAUGCCACGAAAAAAAUCCAGGACAUCAAGCGGAAAAUUGUUCAGGACGUAAACGAGGAGAGUCGUGAACUGAUGAGGCAGGCUGUUGAGGAGGCGGAAGUUGAGAUGCGGAGAAGGAUGGAGUUAAUUCACCAGAUCCGUGCCAUGGAGGCCGUUCCAAUCAUCCGACAAAAGUUUGUUGACCUCACUGCAACCUCUGGCCAUGGACUGCUCAGUGAAAUGUCAAUCGCAGAACUGCGUGAACGCAUGUGUCUACUGAGAACAGCGGAGGAGGAAUUAGAGGAACAAAGGAGAGACAACAUACUGUCCACAAAACAGGCUAAGGACCAGAAACUACUGGACACACUGGAGACCAUAUCACGUCACCGUCUAGAGCAGACGAAAUCCGCAGCCAUCAGGUUUGAGAAGCGUAAGAAAGGAGAGCCAGGACCACUCCAGGUAAAGGAUGAUAAACUUACAGAAUUGGAGCGGAAACUUGAGGAACGCAAAGCUACGAGGAAACGUGAACAACAGAGUGCAAAGAUCACUGCUAGUCGAAGCGCUGCCAACCGCACACAGAACCUCAUUAGUCAGAAGAAAGCACUGGAGGAGAACCGAUGGAAAGAACUGGAAAUGACCCGAGAACGUACCGCUAGAAUUAUGAACGAUGGACUACAGACCAAGUCCGCUAACAGACUAGCAGUUAUGUGAUUCAAAUAUAGAUGUAAUUCUCAGUCUGCAGACACUCCUGAUUGUCAUCCAUAAAGUUUUGAAUCAUAAUUGAGCCUGGUCCUAUGGAGCACGUUGUCACAUGGCCACAAUUGUGAUGGCAUUAUAUUGCUGCUCAUCUCUAAGAAAUAACAUUCCUGAAACUUUUUAACUCCACCCAGAUUGUUGAUGAGAAUAUGUGUUAAAUGCUUCAAUUCCAAAUUGCCUGUCUGAUUGAAAUGUGUGGUAUGUAACACUCUCAAAUGGAAAUAAUUAUUUAAUAGAUGAACAAAUAUUGUAAUUUACUAUUGACACAUUUGGAAGAACUUUUUGAAGGAUGAAAUGUUAGAUGUCAUCUAUUUUACACACUAUUAUUAAUUUUUCACAAACUACAUAUGUACAUAUAUAUCAAGUUCCAUCAUCAUCCCCUUAAACACGACGACUAUGCCACAUCAAACAAUGAUGUCCCAAACAAGUUAAAUGUAAAACUAUUCCUUGAGUUGAAUAUUCAUUGUUGUUAUUUAAGAAGUACAUAUAUAUACAUUGUAUGUGUGUGUACUUUAUAUUUUUAUUGAACAAGAGAUGGUCAAUACAAUUCUGUUCUGUUAAAGUAAAUACAAAAUGUAUAUACAUUGUAAGACAAUUUUUGAUUUAGGGAUUUGACUUGUCUGCUAGUUAUAAAAGCACACAGAUUUUGAAGUUGAAAUGCACAGUCAGUGUGUAUAUAGAGAAAGUGAGCAUGCGAGUGUGUACUUAACUAAAGUAUUUAUUGAGAGAGAGAGACAGAGAGAGAGACAGAGAGACAGAGAGACACAGGUCAAAUUGCAGAAAGAUAAUUUGUAAUAUACUGUAUAUAUAUCAGGAUCUAUGUAAUAAACAUUCCGUCCCUCAGUGUAAACUGUUUUAUGGUCAUAGUGCCUUAUUUCUUGUCCAUAAUCUCCGUCCCCAGUGUCCCUCAGCACACAGCAUGUGUAUUAGUUGCACUCGAAAUUAUGUGAUAUUUUCCUUUCAAUUCGGUGCAAUUUGUAUUCUUUAUUUUGUAUUCAUAGAAAUUGGACAGUGUUAAGAUCUAUAUAUCAUGCUUCACUGAAUACAGAAUAUUGACUUAAGACAGGUUAAGUCACAUCAGAUUAAUUUGCAAUCAUUUGGAUCGUUGAUGGAAAAAAUCAUAGUAAUUAAAUUGGUUUCCUUAUGUCAUGUAAUUUAACCAAAUGCAGAAAUAAAAAAUUCAGUUAUUAACUGUUGGCAUGGUGAUAUUGCUUCAGAUAUUGGCUAAUUAUACAACAUGCCUUUUUGUAAGUUUGAAUGUCACCAACAUUACAAUGUGAAUAAACAUAUAUAUAUAUUA